CUUGAAUUAGGCCUUUUAGCUGUAAACCGGAAGACGCCCAUAUAAGGAGCUGCGGUGGAACCUAUAGACGUCCAGCUAUAGGAGAGCAGGCAGCAGCUGGAUUAUUUAAUCUGGAUUAUCCUGCAGCGUCACACAUCUGGUAGUCUGGCAGGCGCACACAGCUGAGAGAGAGAUUUUGGUCCAGAACCUCUCAGAUGGAACCGGAACCAACAGCAGAACCAACCAGAGCUUCAGGCUCGGUUUGGACAUGCGAAGCAGAGAAAUGGCGGAUGAUGGGAAAAGCGGGGAGGGAGGAGGCAGGAAGGACACAGGCGAGGGCAGCAGGUCUUUUCAUGACCCUCACCAGUCGCGGGGGAUCGUGAUCCAUCUGACCGGCACCGAAGGGGAGUGGGACAGCUUGGAGGACGAUGAGCUCAUCUUCCCCCUGGAGCACGGCGAGGAGAAGCCGCUUCCUACAGAGGACGACAGAGGCUUGAAGUCCCAGAACUUCUAUGUUCCUCUCUCCCCGUCAUUGCCUGGUUCCCCGGGGAACUGCUCUGCAGCGCCCCCUAGCUUCCUCUCCCCAGGCCCGCGGCCCUCGGCCGGCCUCGUCAAGUCGCUCUCCACGGAGCUUGAGCCGAAAGACGGCUCCACCCUGAGACCCAAGCCUCUCCUCAGCCUGGUGAAGUCCAUCUCCACGGAGCUGUCCCACUCGGAGCCGGAAGUGUCUCAGUCCAGAUCGGACUCCCGUCUCAACCUCCACCUGUGGAAACAGCUGACCCAAACCAAACCUGGGCGCGGCGGGGACUCCCGCACGGCCCCGCCGUCCCCCAGCGCGGAGGGCCUGCGGGGGGGCUUCUUCAAGGUGGAGGACACGAAGAGGAAGCUGUCGGAGGCCAUGCAUGAGCCUCUGAGCUGCAUGUUCAGCAGGAUCCUGGGGGAAGACGGCGCAGGAAGCCCCAAGCAGCAGGGCAGGGCCGCGGCGGCUCAGCGGGGGAGGGACGGCGGCCAUGACCCCGUCCUGGACCCCGUCCUGGACCCCGUCCUGCCAGAGUCUCCGGCGGGGACCGCAAGGAGACCAGAUGGAGACGUACUGCCCGUGUUGGACUGGCCGUCGGUGGGCGCGCGGCCCUGCGGGCGGCCCGCUCGUCGCGACGCGCGGCCCGCUGAUCGCCGCAGAGACCCGGAGCUGGAAAUAUGCCAUGAUGAUGACACGAUGCAGGUGUUCGCCAUUGAAGCUCCCAGCGGGGCCGGGAGGCCGCCUGGAGCUCCAGCAGCGAACACUUCCGGGUCCGGACCGGAUCCUCAGCCUCCGCCACGCAUGAGUCUCCUCUGCGUGGCGGUUCUGUCCUACGGAUACUUCGUGCUUCCUGUGGGCCCGUACGUGUCGGGCCUGGCGUUGGGCCUGGCUCUGGGCUUCCUGCUCGGCCUGUUCCUCGUGCGGCUCGGUUCGUCCGGCUCGGCUGAGGCGCACAGACCCGCGGCGGUUCGGUUCCCGGGCGGCUCCAGCGCGGAGCCCGGCGCCCUGCAGGGUUGGAUGAACGAGAUCCAGGAUUACGACCCAGAAAUCUUCCACCCGGCUCUGACUCACUCCGUGUUCGCCACGCUGCAGGGCUGCAGCCUCCGGCUGGAUUACCCACGCUGCAACAUCAGGCGCCGCACCGUGCGCGGCGACGACCCGCCGCAGGAAGUCAGCUUCAUCAAGACGCGCUGCUUCCAGCUGGCAGAGAGCAAAGUCUUCCUCCUGCCGGCGGCGCUGGCUCGGAAGAGAGUCUGGAACCCCAAGUAUCCCAUCUGCAUCCAGCUUGGAGCAGAGGAGGACGGAACCGGGUCAGAACAGAACCUAGGUUCUGAUCCGGCACAGACUUCCUCCACUCAACCUGGCGCCGCCCCGCCUGCGCUCUACCUGUUCGGAAGGACGGGCCGGGAGAAGGAGGAGUGGUUCCGCCAUCUCCUGCUGGCGUCUGCGAUCCGGGACGGGCCGAGCCCCGGCCGGUCCAAACGACCCGGCACUCCGUCCCAGAGCGUCCCCGUCCCCAGGAGCCGAGGCCCCAGCAGCAGCGACGACGACAGCGCCACGCCCGCCACGCCCACCACGCCUACAGCCUCCUUCGGUCCUGCACUUCCCUGCAGCACCACCGGGGGUCUUUCUGCACUCGACUAUCACAGCUACAUGGCCCGCCUCCUGGCUGCACACGAGGCCACGCCCCCAUGCAGCCCCGGGGCUAGCCGCGCAGAGGCUAGCCCCAAGGCUAACACCACCUGUACCUGCAAUCAGGCCACGCCCCCCGGAGAUGGUCCCACCUCCUGGGUCAAUGCUCUGAUUGGCCGGAUCUUCUGGGACUUCCUGCGAGAGAAGCAGUGGGCCGACGCCGUCGCCUAUAAGAUCCAAAAGAAGCUGAGCAGAAUCAGACUGCCUUACUUCAUGAACGAGCUGACGCUGACCGAGCUGGACAUGGGCUGCAGCAUGCCACACAUCAUGGCCGCCUCCAGGCCAGAGGUCAACCACAGAGGCCUGUGGGUGCAGCUCCAGCUGGUUUACACCGGGAACCUGCAGAUGACGCUGCAGACCAAGUUCAACCUGACCAAGCUGGGCAAAGAGAGCAGAGAGGAGACGGUGCAGAGCGGCCCCGAAGCUGGAGGCCCCAGCUGCAGGCCCGUCCUCAGCGUGUUGGCGGACAGCGAUGAAGAGUCGUCCAGCGCUGCUUCUUCUGACGAAGAGGAGCUGCUGCUGUCGGAGUCUCACUGUCCAUCCGGGGAGAAAGGCUCAGUGGCGCCCCCCGAAGGGGCUGGCGGAGGAAGAACCGGGAGGAAGAUUUUAAGAUUUGUGGACAAAAUCACCAAAUCCAAGUGUUUCCAGCGAGCGGCGGAGAGCGAGUUCAUCAGGAGGAAGUUUGAGGAUUUGUCCAACACGCCGCUGUUGCUGUCGGUGGAGGUCCGGGAACUGUCCGGCACGCUGGUGGUCAACAUCCCAGCGCCCCCUACUGACAGGAUCUGGUACAGCUUCUGCGCGCCGCCCAAACUGGACCUGCAUGUUUGCCCCAAGCUGGGGCAGCGGGAGCUGAGCUUCUGCCCGGUGAGCGACUGGAUCGAGAAGAAGCUCCAGGACGAGUUCCAGAAAGUGUUUGUGCUGCCAAACAUGGACGACAUUUCCGUCCCGCUGAUGCAUGCUGGGAUGGACGAGUUCCUCAGUCCCUGCGGGGAGGAUCCGGCCGCCGCUCACCGCUAGUGCCUCGCUGCUGAUGGAAACCAGGAAGAACCCAGUAAAACCAGUACACUCUUCGUCCACAUGUCAAUCGUCUGAUUUUAGUUACUUAUUCAACAUAAAUCAGUUUUAUUCUGGAAUAUUAGAUGUGAAACAUUCAGAAAUAAAAGCUUUUUAAAUUAA